CUCUCCACUGUCAGCCUCAGCAGUCUCCACACCAGAGCUAGACACUGGUGCAGCGUCCAUCCAUACAUACGUGCACGUGUGUGUGUUUCGUGGAUGCCAGGUCCUUGAGAACGCUCGCCGUUUUGGGGUGUGUGUAAGCGUGUGGGCUGAUCUGCAUGAGAAUGUGUGUGUGAGUCUUUUCUGGAGCAUCUUUUGUAUGGGGGAGCAUGUGUGUAGAGUGAGAGACAGCGUGACGAUGCGUGGUGGGCAGGUGUUGUUGUGAUCGGUGGAGUUUUCGGUGUACUAUCGUCGUGCUGUCUGCCUCCCCCUCCCUCCCAUUUGGUUAUCUCGUGAGGGCAAAAAGCAUCCUGCUGGGAUGUCCACCUCGCCGGGUGCAACAGACGGGAGCCAAAGGAACUCUUUGGAGCUAGACGCGGAGCACGCACAGAGAGUCCCUGGGGCCGAACAGGGAGGGGCCCCAGCCCCGCAGGUCAAGCUGAAAGAGAGGCAGAAGUUCUUUGAGGAGGCCUUCCAGCAAGACAUGGAGCAGUACCUGUCCACUGGCUACCUGCAGAUCGCUGAGAGGAGAGAGCCAAUAGGAAGCAUGUCGUCCAUGGAGGUGAACGUGGACAUGUUGGAGCAGAUGGAUCUGAUGGACAUGUCUGACCACGAAGCCCUGGAUGUGUUUCUGCACUCUGGGGGAGAGGACAACAGCGCUGCUUCGCCUGUCGCAGGUCCAGAUGUUGAGGCCUUCACCACAGAGAUCAGUCUCCAGGUUCCCACCCAGGCCGAACUUCGCCACAAGCUGUCUUCCCUUUCGUCCACCUGCACUGACUCAGCCAGCCAGGACACAGAGGCCGGGGAGGAGGACGAGGACGAGGACGAGGAGGAGACUGAGCAGGGAGGUGGUGGAGGCGGAUCAGGGGCAGGAGGAAGGAGGAGAAUCGACCCCGUGGUGGUGACCCUGGAUGAAGAGGAGGUGCACCCCGACACGGCGUUAGUGGACGGAGUGGACCGGGAGGACCAGACCAGCAAAGACAGUGAGGCGAGCAGGCCGAAGGUUUGAGGAUACAUGGACUGGAUUUAAACACAAACACACAGCUGCAAAAUCAAACUGAUAUAUAACAACAUUGGCUUUCUUUCCAAAUUUUCAUACUGAAGAAAAGCGUGAAAGAAACUAGACUGAGGUUGCACUAACUGCCACAGGACCUUGCCUUAAAAGACCACUGAUGUGAGUUUUCAAUUCUAAUUGAAUCCUGUAAAAUAGGUUUGAGUUCCCUUUAGCAUAAUAGCACUGAAUGGCUUAACAUGCACAUGAAUAGUUUGACAGAGAAUGCUAAUAUUAUGUUUCUGUUCGUGCAUGUUGAGACCAGGAGAGGCUUGUUAGUGAUGAGUGAUGGGGACAAAAAGAAGUAUACACUAAAAUCAUCCAUGUGUCCCUUCUGCCGUUCUUUCCUGUCAUGCUCCAUGCUUACAUAUUUAAUAAACUAAAGCUGUAGAGCAUUAUAUAUGUGACAGAGACUGGUGAAACUUUUGCAAAAUAUAAGGAUAUGAUGGUUUGUUGUACCAAAAACUUGCCAAACAUAAAAAGCUAUCACCAGCUCUGUCUAGUUGAUCAUCAAAACCAACUGCAGGCCACAUGUGUGAAACAUGUUUUUAAUCACUGAAAGUAAGAACUACAUUGUCACCAAAAUGAUCGUUAAAAAAAAAAAAAAAAAAAUUAGCAGUAUCCAGACAUGCAGGUGGUUUUAUUUGCCCAAGUUUGACCCCAAUGCAACGAGUUUUUAAUGCUAAAAGCGUUGUAAAAUUAAUUUUGAAAACUAAAUCCAGCAACUUGUAUUGUUGUGCUGAAUAAUUCAUGACCUCUUUAUUGACAGUUUUCACAGGAACAAUUUGUCCAAACCUAAUUCAUGCUAAGAAAGCCUAGCAUAACUAGAUAUUAUUAUAAUUAUCGGGUGGAAAUCUGCCUGGCUAAAACAAACAAGAUGACAUUUGUCUGUAAAUAGAGCCUUAAAUAUAACAAAUGCUAAAUAAUUAGCACAGAGCACUUGACAAAUGAUCUGCAGGGGGCACAUGGAUGAUUUUUAAAAAUUACUUUAUGAAUAAGCUGAACCCGCAAAGCUUGUUGUGUUUCUCUAACUUAUUUAUGAGCUACAUCCUGCAAUAUUUUAAAUGUAAAGUACCCAUUAGAAAAUACUUUUUGUGCCAUUGGCUUUGAUGAA